GGAGUUUCAACAGUACAUUGUGUAAAGGUACUUUCGUUUCUGCAUUUUCAAAUGAGAUAAAAGCACAAGACGGAGAGGAGCAAGUUGAAUUUGGCAGAUUGAACUACAACCUUCGCCAUGGAGAGCAGCAUGCUUACCUUUGUGCUUCUGUGUGUGGUGUGGUCAAAUGUUGCUGCCAUCGAAGUGAAAAUUCCUGAACAAGUGUAUGAGGCUGUCAAUGGAAGUGACACAACAAUACCCUGCAAAUUUGAAACAAGUGUUGAAAACCCCCAAUCAGGUGUCAUCUCAUGGUUUAGGAGGGAUUUGAACUCCUCUGCUAGGAAUGAGCUCAUCCUUACCUAUUAUUAUCCUGACAAAAUCUUUGAUGUGGCAGAAAAUGUUGAUGCCAAGGGCUUUUCUAUUGAUGCGGAUCUCCUGAAUGGCAAGGCUGACCUUAUAAUCAAAAACGUUGAAAUGGAAGACAACAUGAUCUUUGAGUGCCGCGUCCAGAUUCGAGGAGAUAUUGACGGCACAAAUUCAAAUUCAGCCACUUUGGUGGUUUUGGUGGCUCCAUCUACACCCAUCUGUGAGGUGCAGGGAAAUCCUAAGAAUGGCGAGGACAUCAAACUCACCUGUGUGUCUAACGAAGCGUCUCCCCCUGCUGAAUACAAAUGGCAAAGUCUUGAUGCUCAGAACAAUCCUCGUGAUCCAGAGCCCAAAUCUACUGACAAUGGAGGAGUUUUGAGUCUUUUUGGCAUCACCACAGACACAUCAGGAACCUAUACCUGCACAUCCAGCAAUAAAGUUGGCUCUGCUUCAUGCAGUCUGACGCUCUCAGUCACACCGUAGAUGGUGAUGAGUUCAGUGACAAAAACCCAAACAAGAACGAUGGAAAUCGCCGUCCUGGCGGAGAAGAGAGCUCACAGUAAUAUUGUGAUUUCAAAGAGCGCCUCAUUGAUUGACGGGAUCAAUGUGAUGAAAGGACAGAGCGUUGUGACUCUGACCAAUGCAGUGAUUACAAAGACACAUUUUAACAUUUCAAAUGAAUCACCAGAAAAAAAAUAAAGCUUUUUCUUUCUCUUUUUUUAUUCUUUUCUUCAAACAAUAGUAAAAUCUCA